AUGGUGGGGCUCGGCUCGAUGGCAGGCAACGGGAUCCAGUCGAUGCUCAAGGAGGGCCACCGCCACCUCUCCGGGCUCGAGGAGGCUGUGCUCAAGAGCAUCGACGCCUGCCGCGAGCUCUCCGCCAUCACGCGCACCUCCCUCGGCCCCAACGGAAUGAAUAAGAUGGUUAUCAAUCUCUUGGACAAGCUGUUUGUGACAAACGAUGCUGCCACCAUCGUGAAUGAGCUCGAGGUUCAGCACCCGGCUGCUAAGAUCCUGGUACUGGCUGGCAGGGCUCAGCAGGAGGAGAUUGGGGAUGGAGCCAGUCUCACCAUAUCGUUUGCCGGUGAACUGCUUGAGAAGGCUGAGGAGCUCAUCAGGAUGGGCUUGCAUCCGAGUGAAAUGAUCAUUGGCUACACCAAAGCCAUCAACAAGACAAUUGAGAUCUUGGAGGAUCUUGUUGAGAAAGGCUCAGAGAACAUGGACGUAAGAAACAAGGAGGAGGUUGUGUUGAGGAUGAGAUCUGCUGUCGCGAGCAGCAGUUUGGCCUGCAUUCAAGUUUGCCCCAAAAAUCCAGCAAACUUUAAUGUCGACAAUGUUAGAGUGGCUAAGCUGCUUGGAGGUGGUUUGCACAAUUCUUCUGUCGUCCGUGGGAUGGUUCUGAAAAAUGAUGCUGUUGGUAGCAUCAAAAGGGUGGAGAAGGCAAAGAUUGCAGUAUUUGCUGGUGGUGUCGAUACCUCAGCAACUGAAACAAAGGGAACUGUGUUGAUUCAUUCCGCUGAGCAGCUAGAAAAUUAUGCUAAGACUGAGGAAGCUAAGGUGGAGGAGCUUAUCAAAGCUGUCGCUGACUCAGGUGCCAAGGUUAUUGUCAGUGGAGCUGCAGUUGGUGACAUGCCGCUACAUUUCUGUGAACGUUACAAACUGAUGGUUCUGAAAAUCAGCUCGAAGUUUGAACUGAGAAGAUUCUGCCGUACUACUGGGGCUAUUGCAAUUUUGAAACUUAGCCAACCCAAUGCCGAUGAACUAGGAUAUGCAGACUCUGUUUCCGUUGAAGAAAUUGGUGGUACUCGAUCAAUGUGCAGGGACAGUAGGAUAAUUCCUGGUGCUGCUGCAACAGAAAUGGAGCUGGCAAAGAGAUUGAAGGAGUUCUCAUUGAAGGAAACAGGGUUGGACCAGUAUGCCAUUGCAAAAUUUGCUGAAAGCUUUGAAAUGGUGCCAAGAACCCUGGCAGAAAAUGCUGGACUUAGCGCAAUGGAGAUAAUAUCCUCCCUUUAUGCCGAGCAUGCUAGUGGCAAUGUGAAAGUUGGCAUUGACCUGGAGGAAGGUGCCUGCAAGGAUAUCUGGACCUUAAAAAUAUGGGACCUCUAUGUCACAAAGUUUUUUGCCCUAAAAUACUCUGCCGAUGCUGCAUGCACCGUGCUACGGGUUGACCAGAUCAUCAUGGCCAAGCCGGCAGGAGGUCCAAGAAGAGAUGCCCAACCUGGUGGUGGGAUGGACGAGGAUUAG